CUUUAAUCCCCCCCGCCGCGCACACCAUCCGGCACAUCGUCAACAACAUCCAAAAAUCCAAAAUGCCGUUCCACCCAGAGGUCCUGUGGGCACAGCGCAGCUCUGAAUCCGAUGAGAAGAAGAACAUCCUCUAUGUUACAGUGAACUUGCCUGACAUCAAGCCUGAAACGCUUGAGUACAACCUGACGCCAACAAAGUUGUCGUUUAAGGCGAAAGCGGGAAACGCUGAAAAGGGUCUCGAGGAGAAGGACUACGAGUUUGCGAUCGAUCUGUUUGCAGAGGUAGACCCGGAAGCAUCAUCAAAAAAGCUCACGUCGCGCUCGUUCCAGCUCCUCCUCCGCAAGAAGGAGCUGAAAGCGGAGUACUGGCCACGUCUGACCAAAGACAAGGUCCGGAACGCGUUCCUUAAGACCGACUUCUCCAAGUGGGUCGACGAGGACGAGCAGGACGGUGACAAGGCGGCGCUCGACGAAGACUUCGACAUGGGUGGUAUGGGCAUGCCGGGAAUGGGCGGCAUGCCAGGUAUGGGCGGCAUGCCAGGUAUGGGUGGCAUGGGAGGCAUGGGAGACCUCGAUUCGAUGCUCCAGUCUAUGGGCGGCGGUGCGGGCGGUUUCGACCCCGAUGCGGCAGGUCCCUCAGGCAGCGCCGACGUUGAAGAGGAUGACUCGGACGACGACGAGGGCCCGCCGCCACUUGAAGAGGCUGAGCCCAAGGCAUGAUUCGUGUUGCGUGGCUCAUCACGAAGUGAUUGGGGUAGACAUACACUGAGGGGACGUGCGCAGUUUACCGGACUGACAAUUUGUAUUAAACAUCGCUGAUGCUGCAAUAUAAUCUUGUGCAAUAU